AUGAUCUUAGCUGUGGCUAGGUCUGUCGAGGGCGAGGAAGACACCGCCUCGGCCGAGAGCUCUGAUGUGCUGGGGCAAUCUGGGAAUUCUGGCGGCGUUAAAUACGCAGAACAAAGCGUCUCGGACCCGCGUGUCCGUGGCUUCAGUCGUGAUGAGGGGCGUUGGAGUGGCUCUUCCCUUACAACUGUGGGCUGUCGUUUGAAGCUCACGACACUUGAAUCCACAGACCAAAAGGGAGUCUCACUUGCUGUUGUUAGGACGCGGCUGGAACCAGGGAAUGGGUUUCAGCGGACUCGGUUUGAAAGACGGCCCAUUGAUCGGGUCGAAAAGAUUCACCCAUAUAGUCGAGUCCUGCGAAGCGCCUUCACCGGCCCCAUCAAUGCCAAAACCUCGUGGGAGCUUCCCCGUCUCCAGGUUCGUGGCUCUUCCUUUCCCCUUACCACCAUCCCUCCCUGCCUCUCCCUCCCGCUCCUCCCACCUCUUCCUCGUCACCCCAGCAUCAUACCUCUCCACCCGCCUCAGUCCUCUCUUGACCAAGACCUCCUCAUUCACCCCAUCCACCUCGGAAUCAACCAUGCAAGGCGCACAUAUAGGCGCCUCCGUCAACUCCUUCCCCCGCCCAUUCUUCUGCUUCUGCUUCGGCUCCCCCGCAAAGAGCGCCGGUAUCUUCACCCCGCGGUGCACGAGCCUGUUCCCGCAGAGCAGGCAGCCGUAGCACGCCCUGUGCCAGAAGCACCACCCGAAGCUGACGCAGUCCUCCCCGCGGAAGAUGAGCUCCCCGCACACCUAGCAGAUGGAGAGGUCCAGCAGGGUCGUGCAGCAGGGUUUGCAGGCGAGGCGGGCGGAGCGGCCCAGGAUCUGCGGCGGGCCGGAAGACAGGCGGAAGCAGAAUGUGCAUGUGAAGAGGUUGGCAGACGUGGUGGAGGUCAUGACCGGCAGCGAUGGACGACGAAGAAGUGGAGGGGCUGA